UCCGUGUCAGACGACUGUCUUUAGCACAAACAGCACAGAUCUGCCGGACUCACAGCUGGACCAACGAGUCAGAGUGGAAUCAGACCAGCAGCAGUGUCUCUGCUGGAACUCCACAAAACUCCUUCAUUCACCAUCCCAACACUGAGAGGGAUGUUAGAGACACAGGGACACCUUCACCUCUCCCCCUAGAAGUUCCCCUGGAGCUGAGAAAGUACCAGAACACAAAGAGAAGAAAAGAUGUCUUUUCAGGAGAAAGAUGAUGAAAGAACCUGUAGAAGAAUCACCAACUAAAGCAGCUUCUACAGCAGAAGAGGAGCUUGCCAGGGUGCGGUCAGCUUUUGUUUGGAGGGUGUCAACAGAAAUCCUUAAACAGCUCCUUGAGGCCCUUGUAAGUGACGGUGUCUUAAAUGAAUUGGAGAAAGAAUCAAUACUGGAAGGGAACCCAGUCCGAGCAGAUAAGGCACGUUGCUUCAUUGAUACAGUGAGGAAGAAAGGGGACAAAGCCAGCAGGAUAAUGGUCAGACAUCUUCAGACUAUAGAUCUCUCCCUUUUCUCUCAGCUGCGUUUAUACUCUGAUCCAUCUGCUCAAAAAGAGGCUCUUCAAAGUUGUCAGCCUCGGCUUAAAUCUAAGUUGAAGAAGAAGUUCCAGUGUGUGUUUGAGGGGAUCGCUAAAGCAGGAAACCCAACCCUUCUGAAUAAGAUCUACACAAAGCUCUACAUCACAGAGGGAGGGACUGCAGAGAUCAAUGAUGAACAUGAGGUCAGACAGAUUGAAACUGCAUCCAGGAAACCAGACAGACCAGAAACCAGAGUCAGACAAGAAGACAUGUUUAAAGAUUCACCUGGAAGAGAUGAACCAAUCAGAACAGUGCUGACAAAUGGAGUGGCUGGCAUUGGGAAAACAGUCUUAACACAGAAGUUCACCCUCGACUGGGCUGAAGACAAAGCCAACCAGGACAUCCAGUUCAUAUUUCCAUUUACAUUCAGAGAGCUGAAUGUGCUGAAAGAGGAAAAGUUCAGCUUGGUGCAACUUGUUCAUCACUUCUUUACUGAAACCAAAGAAGGAGGAAUCAGCAGCAUUGAAGACUUCCAGGUUGUGUUCAUCUUUGAUGGUCUGGAUGAGUGUCGACUUCCUCUGGACUUCCACAAAACUACAAUCCUGACUGACCCUAGAAAGCCCACCUCAGUGGAUGUGCUGCUGAUAAAUCUCAUCAGGGGGAAACUGCUUCCCUCUGCUCGCCUCUGGAUAACCACACGACCUGCAGCAGCCAAUCAAAUCCCUCCUGACUGUGUUUCCAUGGUAACAGAGGUCAGAGGAUUCACUGACCCGCAGAAGGAGGAGUACUUCAGGAAGAGAUUCAGAGAUGAGGAGCUGGCCAGCAGGAUCAUCUCCCACAUCAAGACAUCACGAAGCCUCCACAUCAUGUGCCACAUCCCAGUCUUCUGCUGGAUCACUGCUACAGUUCUGGAGGAUGUGCUGAAAACCAGAAGGGGAGGACAGCUGCCCAAGACCCUGACUGAGAUGUACAUCCACUUCCUGGUGGUUCAGGCCAAAGUGAAGAAGGUCAAGUAUGAUGAAGGAGCUGAGACAGAUCCACACUGGAGUCCAGAGAGCAGGAAGAUGAUUGAUUCUCUGGGAAAACUGGCUUUCGAUCAGCUGCAGAAAGGAAACCUGAUCUUCUAUGAAUCAGACCUGACAGAGUGUGGCAUCGAUAUCAGAGCAGCCUCAGUGUACUCAGGAGUGUUCACACAGAUCUUUAAAGAGGAGAGUGGACUGUACCAGGACAAGGUGUUCUGCUUCAUCCAUCUGAGUGUUCAGGAGUUUCUGGCUGCUCUUCAUGUCCAUCUGACCUUCAUCAACUCUGGACUCAAUCUGCUGGAAGAACAAACAACCUCCCAGAAGUCUGAAACGGGACAAUCUACACUUAAGCACUUCCACCAGAGUGCUGUGGACAAGGCCUUACAGAGUCCAAAUGGACACCUGGACUUGUUCCUCCGCUUCCUUCUGGGUCUUUCACUACAGAACAGUCAGAUUCUCCUACGAGGAAUGCUCACACAGACAGGAAGAAACUCACAGAGCAGUCAGGAAACAGUCCAGUACAUCAAGAAGAAGCUCAGUGAGAAUCUAUCUGCAGAGAAAAGCAUCAACCUGUUCCACUGUCUGAAUGAACUGAAUGAUAGUUCUUUAGUGGAGGAGAUCCAACAGUGCCUGACUUCAGGAAGUCUCUCCACGGAGAAACUUUCUCCUGCUCAGUGGUCAGCUCUGGUCUUCAUUUUACUGUCAUCAGAAAAAGAUCUGGAUGUGUUUGACCUGAAGAAAUACUCUGCUUCAGAGGAGGCUUUUCUAAAACUCCUACCGGUGAUCAAAGCCUCCAACAAAGCUCUGCUGAGCAUCUGUGAACUUUCAGAGAGAAGCUGUAGAGCUCUGUCCUCAGUUCUCACCUCCCAGUCCUCAAGCCUGAGAGAGCUGGACCUGAGUAACAAUAGCAUGGAGGAUUCCGGAGUGAAGCUUCUGUCUGAAGCAGUGGAGAGUUCACAUUGUAAACUGAGAACUCUGAGACUGAGUCUUUUUAACCUCUCAUUGAGAAGCUCUGACAGCCUUUCUGCUGGACUGCAGAAUCUGAACUGCAAGCUGACUAGUCUGAGACUGAGUGCCUGUAACCUCUCAGAGAGAAGCUAUGAAGCUCUGUCCUCGUUUCUUAGCUCCCGGUCCUCUUGUCUGAGAGAGCUGGACCUGAGUAACAACAAUGUGCAUGAUUCAGGCGUGAAGCUUCUGUCUGGCGCAGUGGAGACUCCACAAUGUAGACUUAAAACUCUCAGUCUGUCAGGCUGUUUGGUCACAGCAGACGGCUGUACUUUUCUGGCCUCAGCUCUGAGCUCCAACCCCUCCCAUCUGAAAGAGCUAGACCUGAGCUACAAUCAUCCAGGAAAUUCAGGAAUACAGCUGCUGUCGUCUGGACUGAAGAAUCCACGCUGGAGACUCAAGACUCUCAGGGUGGAGCCUGCUGGAGUCCGAUGGUUAAAACCAGGUCUGAGGAAGUAUUCCUGUCAACUCACAAUCGACACAAACACAGUAAAUAGAAACCUCAAACUGUCUGACAACAACAGGAAGGUGACACAUAAUAUUAUGGAGGUUCAGUCAUAUCCUGAUCAUCCAGACAGAUUUGAUGUUUGGCCUCAGCUGCUAUGUAGUAAUGAAAUAACUGGUCGCUGUUACUGGGAGGUCGAGUGGAAAGGAAACAUUUCUAUAUCAGUGAGUUACAGAAGAAUCGGAAGGAAAGGAAACAAUGAUGACUGUUGGUUUGGACUCAAUGAUCAUUCCUGGAGUCUGCACUGCACUGAUGGUGGUCCUCAGUUUGUUUGUCACAAUUGCAGAUCCACAACCAUCCCCCCCUCCUCUUCCUACUCCUCCUCUGUCUCUAACAGAGUAGCAGUGUAUGUGGACUGUCCUGCUGGCACUUUGUCCUUCUACAAAGUCUCAUCUGGCACUCUGAUCCGCCUCCACACCUUCAACACCACAUUCACUGAACCUGUUUAUCCUGGAUUUUUAUUGUCUUUUCAUGGUGCCUCAGUGUGUCUGUGCUGAGUUGAAUGUAAAGAGUGUCCUCCUGUUAGAGAAAUACUCUGACUGUUGAACAGAUCAGUCUGUACAUGUCUGUGUCUUUGACUCAGAAACGCAUUUUAAG